CGACUUCAAGGAGAAAAGAACCAUCAGUAAAAAACUUAACUGGCGCAGUCGGCAGGAUCGGCGAGCUCUACAACAUCGAAUCCUGGACCAGUGGUGAAGGGAUCAAGUCAUCCAACGAGCACCUCCUGCACCUUUGAGAAGAUCCCACAGCAGCCAAGCCCGGCACCGUGGAGGAGAUCCGAAAACGACAGUGCAUUCAGCAAAGGGUGAGCAGGAUUUCUUGCGUCUUUCUCAAGUUGGCAUGGCAGUUGAUGUGUAGAGCAAAUGGUGAGGACACGCGGGGGCGCAGAGACAAUGGAGUCUAAUGGAGUUGAGGGUGCGACGGUGGCGGAAAUGGAUCGGAAUCGGGAGUUAUCAAAUGACGAUAGGCUAAAUUCCGAUAAGUCAAAUGAAAUGAGAGAACCCAGUCAGAGCCAGGAAUUUUCGCAGCAGGCAUCUCAGCCUUUGCAAAUUCCGAAUGAUACAAGAACGCUUGAGCUUGAAAUUCAAAGGCUCAAUGCUCAGACUACCUGUAUACAGCUUCAGAUUGAGUACGAAAGGCUGUUGCAGGCAAGGACGAAUGCUGAACGUCUCAAUGGCGCAUCGUCCAGCGCUGAGUCGGAGCGGGGCGAUCGGAGGCGAAUGGGCUUUGACUCCGUCGAGCAAUGCGCAAAAGUGCUGAAAGGGUUCCGCCUGCCGUGUGACGCGGAUGUACCCUUAUGGUUUGAGGAGGUAGAAAGACUUUUUGCUACUUACGGGGUACCGUAUGAGAGUCGCGUGCAUUUAGUCAUGCCAGCUCUAACUGAGCGCGUUCGCUACCUACUGCGUAACCUCAACCAGGAAGAGAGUACAGAUUACGAGUCAGUUAAACAGGCAGUGCUGAUGGAACUGAAGCUUUCUCCAGCAGAGUAUCUGCAAAGGUUUGAGAGAGCAGUGAAGCGGAAGGAGGAAACGUGGUCACAGUUCGCGUCGCGAGUGAAAACGUAUUUCUCCUACUACCUUCAAGUAAGAGGAGCCGACACUGUAGAAGUGAUGGCAGAACUCAUGGUAGCGGAUCGUAUAAAAGCGGGCCUUAGUAUAGAGGGUCUUGAGUACGUGAGGCUACGAGAAGGCGAGGGAUGGCUUAAGCCACCUGAGAUUGCCAAAGUACUACAAACUUUGGAACAAGCCAAAGGCAAAGGAUACGCCUCAAAGUCAUCAGUGGCAGAGAUGGGGCAAAAGCAGACGCGCGUAGCGAAAAGCGCCCUCAGGUGCCACGUAUGUCACAGCUCAGGCCAUUUCGCUAAGGAUUGCCCGAUGUCUAGUGACAAGGAAAAUCAGCCAAAGAAGGCUAUCGAGCCAAGGCAGAGGGCACAAAGGGUGUCGAUAGCCCACGAGACGGGAAGUGAGAUACCGAAUGGAGUCCUCACUGCAAAGGUAGAGGCCUUGAAACACAAAGGCGAAGGCAUGACUAACCUGCAGUUGAUCCCUAUCUCAUGCGGAAACGUAUCCACAGAUGCGAUUCUAGAUACGGGAAGUGAAAUAACUGUCAUACGCGAGAGUCUCCUUCCGAAAAGUAUCGUGGAGCCAUCAGGCACAAUAAGAUUGGUGUCUGCAUUUGGUAAAACUAUCGAGGCAAAGCUAGCAACGUUGCCGGUAAAGUUAAAUAGCCCGCAAAUGGCGGCGGAGCCCCAGAACAUUGACCUACUCUGCGCGUUGACUAAUGAGCUCGUCGAGGGCACAGAUUGUUUGUUGACCAAGGAAGAUUGGGAACAUUUAUUCAAGGCCAGCAGCUCUCUGGAAUCCAUUGUAGCACCGGCCGAGCCUGCUCAGAGGAUAGAGCGAUCAAAUGAGAAAGCCGAGGCAGUAGCCUGCAAUGUUACUUUGGAGGAGGAAGGUGUUUCUGGAGAAGUUGAGCUAAUUGAUGAAGAGAGGGAUGCGUCAAUAAGCCAGAGAGAAGAGUUCCGCAGAUUGCAGCUAGCUGACGCUACCUUAAAGAAAGGUUGGGAAGAUGCUCGGAGUGGGAAAUCCGGCAUGUUCGUCUCUGAUGGACUCUUACACCACUGGGACUCAAUAGUAGGCACCCGAGUGAGACAACUAGUUGUUCCCAAAGACAAGCGCAGUGAGGUGAUGCGUUUAGCUCAUGAGUCACUAUGCGGAGGGCACCUAGGGCCAAGGAAAACUAAAGUGCGUAUUAGGUGUAAUUUUUUUUGGCCUGGCAUGGAGAAGGAGGUAUUAGAGCAUUGUCGUUCAUGCCAUGAUUGUCAAAUUCGCUCUGACAGGCGUCGCACGGACAGAGUAUCUAUAACUCCUCCCACUAGGCCAAAUCACCCUUUUCAAAUUGUCAAUGCAGACAUCAUUGGACCCUUAGACAGACCGUCAGCGAAAGGUCAUAGGUACGCGCUAUGCUUGGUGAACAUGUGCACAGAGUGGCCAGAGGUUGUCCCACUGCGCUCUUUGACAGCUAAGGCGACUUGCGACGCGUUGAUUGAAAUUUUCAGUCGCACUGGCGUUCCGGAAAUGAUCUGUUCCGACCAGGGCACUAAUUUCAAAUCACAGCUCACACAGUCGAUGCUCGAGAAAUUAGGUUGCGCACCAAGAUUCUCAACCCCAGAACACGAAGAGAAAAUAGCUGCAAUUAAGAAUGUGGCGACACCACGCACUAAAAAGGAGCUACGCAGCCUGCUAGGACUGUGCGGCUACUAUCGCGAGUGCGUCCGAGAAUGUGCAGAGGUGGCGAGCCCGCUCACGCGGUUAACAAAGAAGGGGGUACCCAAUAGCAUACCCUGGUCAGAGGAAGCUCAGACGGCGUUUAAGACACUGAAACAGUCCCUGUGCGAGGCCGUGGCGCUCAGCACUCCAGACCCAUCUGAGCCCUACUGGCUUUUCACAGACGCGUCAGCUACGGCGGCGGGCGCUUGUUUGGCGCAAAUGACAGCCGAGGGAAAGGAGGGGCCUAUUGCCUUUGCCAGCCACCGCUUCACGCCGACUCAGACGCGAUGGUCGACAAUUGAGAGGGAAGCGUUUGCUAUUAUAUGGGCCUUAAAGAAGUUUGACUACUGGCUUUUUGGUGCCGAGAUAAACGUUGUUUCCGACCACAAUCCAUUGUCGUACCUUACAACUUCGACUCCACACGGGGCAAAAUUGACAAGAUGGGCGCUGGCUUUACAGCGAUAUCACGUGUCAGUGCGACAUCGGAAGGGUGUCAGUAAUGGUAACGCGGAUGCUUUGUCCAGGCUUCACAACAGCUCAUGGAAGCCAGCGUAAUACUAUAGUGCCAUGCCAACUGGAUGGGCGUGAAUGUUCCUGCUCACUUGGCGCUGUAUAUUGCGGACUUUGUGAGUGCCGAUUCAAGACCCAGAGACACUAGAGUGCUCUUACAGUUUGGAACUGCAAUCGUGUGCUUAAUAGUUUGAUGACAUGUAUUGUGUAUUUCUUUUUACUCUCUUCUUGCUUUGUUACUUGAAAGUGUUUGUUCUUGUGAUGUAAUUAGGCUAGGGUGUGGUUAGAAUGUUCAUUACGUAAUCGCGGCAGUGAUUUAUCGUAUCACUGAGCGAAAAUCAGCCCAGUAUACUCUUUAGGGGGAACGUGUUAGGCCGCUCAUCUCUCGAACAGGAAGAAUGGACGGCGUAGGGCUGCAUGAUUGUUUUGUAUAUACUUUUGAAGUGCCGCUAGUUGCACGUGCGUUUUGUGAAUAGGGAAGCGUCUAACCCCCCAGCGCCUCAGGCGGCAAUCGUUUCUGUGGUUGAGGGGUCGGACGGCCCGCGUGGUGUUGGGUGACGAGCCGAGGCGCGCGCCGCCGCGGGGGGCGCGGUGCAGAGGGGAAAACGGACUCGGAGAAAAUGCUUUU